CUAAAGAUACAAGAAACAGUAUACAAAACAAAAAUAAGACAUCAAACAAGAAAAACUCUAACCGAAUGGCACUACUCCAAAAAAUCUUAGAAAAACUUGAUAUUCUUGAAGAAAAGCAAACUCAGAAUAAGCAUCACACAAUAUCUUCAAAAGAAAAAGAGGCUUAUUCUGAAAAAGAGGAUAUAACAAAACCAAAUGAAACAAAGAAUACAAUCUUACCUAAAGAAAAUAGACAAAUACAAAAUACACAAAACAGUACAAAACAAGAUGAUAUAGCCAACACUUAUCAACUACAAGAGAA